AAAAGUCACGUCAAUCAUUUAAUGAUCGUACUGUUCGCCGAGAGUGAGGUUCGUUUAUCGUCUGCAAUUUGACACGUUACGUCAGAAUCUGACGGUCAGAUUCGUCGUGGAGUCGCGAGUGUGAUAAUGUAUGCUCGCACAAUCUUUACAUGAUAAUCACCCACUGUAGUUCAGCGGUGUUCCGCGUUACGUGGGCGCGGAUCUUUCAAAAGUAGCACACGUAGGCAACAGGUGUCCAUGUUAAAUAUCGCAAACACCUGGCAGUUGGUCGACGUUAACGUGAUCGUUCGACAACGUGUCGAAAGGCGGAGCGCGUAAUUAAUUGCGUAAUUAAUUGCGACGUUAUAAUUAUUAUUGCCUUUUCCGGCAAAUUAUUCCUUUUGCUGACGUCGUACUGACACCUACGUAAUUUCUUCACCAGAAUACUGAUAUUUUUACCAAGAAUCAUCGUCAAAAUGAAUUACGAUUACUUGAUAAAAUUUCUGGCACUCGGCAACUCCGGCGUUGGCAAGACGAGCUUUCUUUACCAGUAUACCGAUGGUACUUUCAACUCCCGAUACGUAUCCACCGUUGGAAUCGAUUUCAAGGAGAAACGAGUGAUAUAUCAAACAGAAAAUGGUAGAAGCCAACGAGUACACCUGCAACUUUGGGACACGGCUGGUCAGGAACGGUUCAGAAGUCUAACUACAGCCUUUUACCGGGAUUCCAUGGGUUUCCUACUAAUUUUUGACCUAACCAAUGAGUCAUCAUUUCUUGAAGUUAGGAACUGGCUGGAGCAGCUUAGGACCCAUGCAUAUUGCGAUAAUCCAGACGUAAUUCUCUGUGGCAAUAAAUCCGAUCUUGAAGACAAACGUGUCAUUAGUGAAGAGAAAGCUCGAGAUCUUGCCGAAAGACACGGCUUGGUUUAUCUGGAAACGAGUGCCGCGACUGGGCAAAAUGUUGAACGAGCUGUAGAAAUAUUAUUAGAUCGCGUAAUGCGCAAGAUGGAGGCUGCGGUGGACAAGUCGGUGUUACCACAUCAAAAAGUUUUAAGAUGCCAUGAGCGUGAUACUCCGCCGCCCAGCAAUUCCUGCUAUUGCUGACAGUGCCGAUACAUGUAGUUAUUUCACUACUUUACAUCUAUACUAAAAUCACAGGAAACAACAUAUUAUGAAACUGACAUUUUUUAGUGAAAUUGUCAAUUUCGAUUAAUUCCUUGAUUUUAGCGUGUUCGUUGCGGAAAUUCUAUUUAUUUAUGCAAGAUUGUUCCAUAAAUUGUUUUUGCAUUUGCAAUUCACAUUUGUAGCAGGAAUCUCAACUGAUAUAGUUUAAGAAUCGUAAAAAAAACAAAUGGACAAAUUGGCGAAAUUGAAAAUGGAUGAAACUUGAAUGAAAACUUGUGUACAAGAUGACAUGAAAAAAUCGUUUUAUAAUAUUUAAAUAUUUCGGUAUUAUACAUGAAUCUCAUUAUGGUGGCAUUUAGAAAGAAAGUAUAGUUAGAUGGUAUCAAGGUUGUGAUCAAUUAAAUUAAAUUUGAAGAGAGUUUGUUUAUUACAAGAAGUAGCUUUAUGUAGUUUUAUGUAUAUAUAUAAUCAGAAAUUUUAAGUUUCCCGGUAAUGGGAAUGUUUAUUAAAAUCUUCUAUUCUUCUUGCUUAGCUUCGUACUGUACACGUGUUUUAAUAGCAGCGACGCAACGAGCAUGCUAAGAAGAUUGUCGAUGCAUAUAUUUCAAAACAAAUGGCUGUCCCGUUUUGCGGGAGAACAUAUAAGAUUUCUUGUUAUUCUGCACAUAUUAAAUGUCUUCCAUCAUCGCUUACGAUCGAAUGAAAACAUUUUUUGAAUUCAGCGAAUCUGCCAAUGAACUCUCGAUUAAUAUAAUGUUUGUACAAUAAUGUUGAAUCUUCUACGGACAGUUAUCCAUUGUCUCUGAAAACUUUGAACGAGUUUACCUUUUCCCAAGACAUUCCAUUUAUACUGUUGUCGUCUUCCAAUGUUGCUUGUUCUUGAGAGAUUGACGACGUUCACCGAAUUUAAACGUUACUCGACUAAAAGUGUCUUUUAUCCUGCGAUAACGCUGACCUUUUCUAUUACUAUUAUCAUACGCACAAAGUGUUCAAUAAGUCAAUCUUUAUUACUUAUCAAAGUGUGAUAUGCGAUAAUCAAAGCAGCAGAACUUCUGGAAUAAGAUGAAUCACUUUCGACUGUAUGUGAUGUAUUUUUGAUGAUGUUAUUAUAUUAUAACCAAUCAGAGUUAAUAUAUUUACUCGUAAGUAAAUAAUAUAUUCAGCGCAACCAAAAUAUAUUAUAUAUAUUGCAUAACGCGUAUAUACAACUAAUCAACUAAUCUCUUGUGAUAUUUAUAUCAUGUAUUAAAUGAAAACUAUUAUUGUAUUGUGAUGAAACAUUAAUGCCUUAACUGUGAAAAUAAAUACCACCAAUGUUUAAAACAAAUUAGUACAUAAGUGCUAAUGAAUAUCUGAUAUUUGUAAUGAAUGUAAUAUUUCUUCUUUACCUUGCAAAGUCUACCACCAUAUCGUCUAGAUAUUGCAACUAUUAGUAAUAUUAUCAUAUAAGUAAAAGUGUAUAAGAGUUUUGACAAUCAAUCAAAAAUUAAAGGCGAAUUUUAAUAAAUUAAGCCUUGAGGUAAUAAAUAAAUGACAAAACUG